AAAGAUAGUGUGGUUUUAUUCCCUUUUUACAUGAAACAAUUUGUGUCCCCCCUUUGCUUGACUAGUGGGGUUUCUAUACUUUUAAAUAUUUUUUGUGUAUUUUUCUUCCUUUUUGAUUCUUGACUCAGUUUUGGGUUUUGCUUUAUCAAGAUUCUCCCAAAAAUUACUCAUAAUUUCUUUAUAAAAUUCUUGAUAAAGAAUAAAAAGGGAAAAAAAAGUGUUCCCUUUUUGUUUCAAGAUUCUUGCACCACCCCACAUGCAUGUUUUUGGGGUUUGUCUGAUCUGGAUCAGAUCACCAAGAUCUCUCAUUUUUAUUUAUGUGUAAAGAAGGGGGGGUUAUUUGGUGGGUUCAGGAGCUAAGGGGUGUGUGUGCCUUUUUGGUUAACCAAUUUUGGGUCUUUUCUGUGCUUGUUUGAGAACAAUAAGGUGUGAUUUCUUGACUUUUACUCUUUGGGUCCCUCUUAAAGAUUCUAUACUCCUGUUGUUUGUGGUAAAAAUCUAUUCUUUUCUGAGUUUUGUAUUGUUUCUUGGUUUUAAAUGGUGUAACUUGAACUGGGUUGGAAUGAUUUUGGGGAAAGACUUUGUAUGAGUUAUUGUCUUGUUUUGUGUUAAGGGUGUUGGGAGAAAUUGGUACAUGUUGUUGUUUAAGUGGAAAAAAUUGAGUCUUUUAGGGGAUUCUGUUUAGUGGUUUGAUUUUGGGUGGAGGGUUGUUGGUUUACUGCUUUUGCUUGUUGAUUGCUUCCUGUUUUUUGAUGAUUGAGUUGGGUUUGGCAGUGUAAUUGUAGUGUAGGGUGUUGCCUUUGAAUACUCUACUUCUGAGGUAUGGCUGGUAUUGAUGUUUCGAAAUAUGCACAUAGCCCUGUGCAUAAAGGUAUAGUCUUGAAAGAUUAUGCUUCUUUGAGGAAGAUAAUUGCUGCGUUGCCUCGGCUUUGUGAUCCUGCUGAGAUUCAUACUGAAGCAGUAUCGCUGGCCGAGGAAGCUAAGGCUGAUGCUAUUUCUGCAGUGAUUGAUCGACGGGAUGUCCCUAACCGGGAUAGUCCUCUUCAUUUGGCUGUCAAACUUGGUGAUGAGACUGCAACCGAGAUGCUUAUGCUUGCUGGUGCUGAUUGGAGCUUGCAGAAUGAACAUGGAUGGAGUGCCUUGCAGGAGGCAAUAUGUAAUAGGGAAGAAAGGAUUGCGAAGAUCAUAGUUAGGCACUACCAGCCUUUGGCUUGGGCAAAAUGGUGUAGAAGGUUGCCCCGGUUGAUUGGGACGAUGAAGAGGAUGAGGGAUUUUUAUAUGGAAAUAACAUUUCACUUUGAGAGCUCUGUUAUACCUUUCAUUUCUAGGAUUGCCCCUUCAGAUACAUAUAAGAUUUGGAAGAGGGGUGCUAAUUUAAGGGCUGAUAUGACACUGGCUGGCUUUGAUGGCUUCCGCAUUCAGCGAUCAGAUCAGAGCAUUCUUUUCCUUGGUGAUGGUUCUGAGGAUGGUAAAGUUGCUCCUGGAUCACUUUGCAUGAUCUCACAUAAAGAGAAGGAAAUUAUGAAUGCUUUAGACGGUGCUGGUGCUCCAGCGACUGACGCAGAAGUUCAGCAAGAAGUUGCUGCGAUGUCUCAAACUAACAUAUUCAGGCCUGGAAUUGAUGUCACUGAGGCAGUUCUGUUGCCACAAACGACAUGGAGGCGCCAGGAGAAAACAGAGAUGGUAGGUUCUUGGAAAGCUAAAGUAUAUGAUAUGCAUAAUGUGGUUGUGAGCAUAAAAUCAAGGAGGGUUCCUGGAGCUAUGACGGAUGAUGAAUUUUUCAAUUCUUGCAAUGAAAAUGAAGCAGAGAGUGAAGAGUUUGAUGAUAUCCUGACAGAGGAAGAAAGAAGGCAGCUUGAGGUUGCUCUCAAGUCAGACUCUUCAGAUUUAAGCAAUGAGAAUGGAGAUGGGAUCAUUCCACAUCGCCAUAGUUGUUAUGAACAAAGAGAUAUUCCCAUUGAGGAGUUAAAUGGUUGCAGAAAUGACGAUAAUAAGCAGGAAAAGAAGAGGUGGUUUAACAGCUGGAGGAAACGGGAUAUUAAGCCAGAAGGGGAGAAACGAGUUGUCCCACCAAGAAGUUCCAUAUGUGUUGAGGAGAAGGUUGGCAAUUAUCUUGAGGGUUCUUCACCUUUAAAUGAAACUAGGCCAGGGAGGCAUUCUGUGGAUGUCAGGGUGACGAGGGAUGAGCUUAGACAAGGAAGGGAUGCAAAGGCUUCUACAUCUAGCAAUGCUGAAAAUGGAAAUCGGCGUAAAGAUGGAAGCCGAGAAAAUGAGUAUAAGAAAGGACUGAGGCCUGUUCUUUGGCUUUCUCCAGAUUUCCCGUUGAGAACCGAAGAGCUCCUUCCUUUGCUUGACAUUCUAGCUAACAAAGUUAAAGCUAUCCGGCGGUUGAGGGAAAUUCUCACAACAAAACUUCCAAAAGGAACCUUCCCAGUAAAGGUAGCAAUUCCAGUUGUUCCAACGAUUAGAGUAUUGGUGACAUUCACUAAAUUCGAAGAAUUGCAGCCACUAGAUGAGUUUGCAACUCCUCCUUCCAGCCCUACUGCUUCGGGCAGGGAGAGUCCAUCAGGGGCACAGCCUUCAAGUUCGUCAUGGUUUCAGUGGAUAAAAGCCCCAUAUCAACGUCCUGGUUCUUCUACAGGCAGUCCAAGUAAUAGGAUCGAAAACAUUCAAGAUCCCUUUGUAGUCCCUCAAGAUUACACAUGGAUAUCAGCAGAAGCAAAGAGAAAGAAACUGCAGGAAAAGGAUAAGGCAAAGAAAGGAAAGAGUAGGAAACAGUAGCUGAAGCACUUGAUUCACAUGAGAACAUGUUACAUUCUUCAUUGACUGAUCUUGUUUUAGUAUUUUUCGAGAUCUGAGUAAAUUAUUGUGGGUGGUAUAAAAGUUAAAAUUUGCGAUUCUUCCAAAUUCUUGUGAUCAAUGUGUGGAACAAAUGUUUUUGUUUCAGGUGAAUGUUCCCACAGUUGCAUGAUUUA